GUCUCAGCGCGUCUCCGGGAGGAGCUGGGGCCCGCCGCGGCGACUGGGAUAGAGCAGCCGCAGCCGCCGCCGCCCCGACCCACGUGAGGAGCCGAGACGGGCCGUAAGCAGCAGGAGCCAGGAGCCUCCUGCAGCGGCUGGCACCGGGAGCGACGGCCGGCAGGAGGAGGAGGAGGAGGAGCCCCUCUGCCCGCGGGGCUAUUGCUGCGCCGAGUGCUCGCUGCCUGCGCCCGGGGCUGCCGUGCAACCCCCUCCCCCUCCCCGUGUGAGACUCCCCCUUCCCUCCCCCCACACCGCCCCUGCGCCGGGCAGCUGCCCUGGUUCUCCUGGGGGGGCUGGGGGCGCUGCAGCCCCCGCCCCAUGCACGGGAGCCCUGCGGGGUGGAUGUGCCGAGGAGGAGGCGCCGAGCCAGCCCAGCCUUGGCUUUCGGGGGCUGCCCAGCGGGGCAGCGAUGACUUGAGGCUGCGCUUUGCCAUGGAUGGGAUGACAUGCUUCAUGGUUGCUUUGGUGACGCUGGUGUUCUGGUGCCCGGGUCAGCCUGGGUGCAUCGCCCGCCGCCCGGCCCUGCGAACGGGUCUCCCGGUGCUGCUGCCUCUGCUGCUGUCCGUGCCGGCCUUCCUGGGCUCCCCGAUGGCAGAUGGUGUAUCCUUGGAGCAGCAAAAUCUUUCCUUACUCUCAGUGGGAUCUAAACUGCAUCAAAGUACAGUAAGCAGCAUAGCACACAUGGCCUUAACACAAAGCACAGUAGAACCCCAGGAAAAUAAUUUUCUUCAUGUGGUUUUAUCAUCACUUACCACUCCCUUUGAUGUGACUUUAUUUGACCAAGAAAGAAUGAGCAGAAGUUCAGAAGGAAGAACUAUGCCAGUGGGAGAUGUCACAGUAACUAGCAAUGAAGCAUUUUUAAGUGACGAUGGAUUGAUUAGCUCCUUUCUGAAUGAACAGUGGACUCCUUCACUAAAGUCUAUUACAGUGGAGUAUCAUUCAGAUAAUUCAGUAGAGUCACCAAGAGAAACCUUAGAAGCUGUGUUGCUAACACCUUCGUUAUCUGUCCUUUUGUUGCCAUAUGAUGAAAUGAAAACAGCACAACAAAUGACAACAUCGCGUGCUGCCUCUGGUCACAGUCGUGCUUUCACAGAAUUGAAGCCUUUUGCUCCAGAUGGUAUAAUUCCGAUUACAAGCAGAGACUUGCUAUUAUACCCCACAAAUACAGAUAUUUAUUUAAGUUCCACUACAUCAGAGGUGGUGGUUGGACUGGUGGGAAAUGUAGAUGGAAGCUAUGCAUCUAGUUCAGACUCCUCACUGUUUUUGCCUUUUGAUACUACUUCAGAAGGGUCCUCUGUUCUUACGAGACAGCUGAAUGAGGAUAGCCAAGUUAUGCCAGAUGCUUUGGCAAAAAGUACUGAUCAAUACACUGAAACUUAUCCUGAUGUGAAUAGCGAUGCAACAGAAACUUUGGAUCUAAGGACCUAUUCUGUUGCAAGCAUUUCUAGGGCAGCACCUGAUUUGGUAACCAGCAUGGAGCCUGCUUUGUUUUCAAUUAGUCUUCCAUAUGUGUCUUUCCCAGUUCACUCAGCUGCUGGUUCCACUGACUCUGAUACUUUUGUUACUAAUGACUUGUUUACACAUGUGUUUUCCCAUAAAUCCUCCAGUACAACACCAAAUUUGCCUGGCAAUUUAAAAAUACCAAGUCAAGUUGAGCUCUUCAGUGAGUUCAUAAGCCCAGUGCCUUUCACUAGACCAUAUGCUUCAUGUUCGUACUGUGACUUUGCCUCAGUUCCACCAGAACGAGUCUUUUCAGCAGGACACACAGAACAUGAUGUGGGUUCGGGUGAUUAUAUUGAAACAUUGUCAUUCACAGCCUCUGGGGAAAAAGGCAUUACUCCACUUACAACUGUAGUUACUGACUUGUAUGAACUGGAGGAGUCAUCUCCUGAAAUCUUUGAUACUACUUUUCCGUCAAGGCCUGUUGUUUCAUUUUCUUCAAGACUUAUAGAAGUCUCUGAAUCAAACUUGUUUUUUUCAAACAGUGUGGAUGUUGGUCUUAACAUAAUGAGUACAACAAUAUUUCCUUCCUACAGACAGCCCUCUGAGGGAAUAUCAUUGGAUAUCACUUCUGUUCAAUUCCCCAUCCCUAUUACUGAAACUGUUACUUUAACAUCUGGUAUUAGCGCAAAACCUUCUGAUAUCACCAGCGUUCUCUUUGAAUCCGUGUUUACCACAAGUGAGAAUGUACUGUCAGUUACAAUCAAACAUACAGGCCUGCUGGAAUCACCUGAAUUUAUGCCCUCAGAAUCUGUACUUUUGCUUGACAAAACACCUGCAAGUGUUUCAACAGACAAAUCUUCUGUAAAUAUUUCAGAUUUUUCAUCCAACCUUUUAUCAACACCAUUUCUCUCUGAACCUAGCAGCUGGUCAUCUUUAUUCACCUUUUAUUCAAGAAUGCCAAGUGAUUUAUCAACACUAUUACCUCAGGUCUUCCCUACACUGCUGGGGCCAUCAGUAGUUUUUGAUCAUUCCUCUAGUUGGGAUUCAACUGAGUUUCCUGCAACUGACAGCACAAGCGUAGAGGUUUCUCAUCUCUCUCCCUGGCAGACUUCAUACCUUUAUUCAAAUACAUUUUCUGUUCCAAACACACACAAUCCUGAAGUAAUAUCAUCAAGUUUUUACUCUUACUCUUCCAUGUUACUAGAAGGAACAUCAGUCUUGCUAAUGGAUUCUGAAGUUUCAUUUACCUCAAUUUUCACAGAAGCUACCUCUCAGUUAGAGUCUUCACUCUUCUCCCUUGAAUCAGCAGUUCCUACACUGGUGCUGUCCAUUUCUGACUCAGAAUCUAUUCUCACCAGCAAUACCUUGGUUGAUGAAACACACUUGACCUCAUGGUUUACCACCUUUCAGACAACUCCUGUCUUAAGCGUAUCUUCGUCCCUUCUCUCAACUGUUACAGCUUCAGAUGAGGAUACUGGUGCUACUGCUAACCACACAUUGCUUUUGACAUCUCUUUCCAAGGCAACUGCUAGUACAGCACAUUUUACAACAAAUCCAUAUACGCUGUUGUUGCAUACAGAUGUGAACAGCAUUACCGCUUCACCUACAGAGUCAGUUUCUGUGGUCACAUCAUUUGUACCUACACAGCUGCCUCCAUCCAUAAACACUUCCACUGAAUUUGGCACACAAACAAAAACUAGUGUGACUAAAGUUACCAACAGAACAAGUGCUACUACUGCUACUACUACCACCAUUAGUAGCAUAGUUGGCCAUCGUACAACUACUGAGAGCAACUCAAGUACUUCCUCAUUCCCUUCUACUGCUGUAGUGGCCACGACUCCAUCUGAAGCUAUUAUUAUCACCUCUGCCAUGACCACAACCCGACAACCAUAUGUUUGUGACAUCACUGUUCCUGAUACUUACUUAAUCAUGGCUGUGCUGGCCCGCAGAGCUGUGCUAGAAAAUGUCAGUGAUUCCAUCAAAGAAGUGCUGAGAGUUCAGUUCAGGCGAUCAGUAGAACUGGAGGUUUAUAAAAUUUCCCCCAAAUUCUCUUUCUUGGUGACAUCAGGUCCUUUUGUUUACACGGCAAUAGCUGUCAUAAAUGUGCUUAUGAACAGCAGCCUUCUACGUGGUCAGGCCCCUGUCAUCUUGUCACUACAGCCUUCUUUCACCAUGCCAGAUCCAAGGUUCCAAGUUCACACAGUGCUUCAGUUUGUUCCUCGAAACGUUGACACUGGCUUCUGUAACUUCAGCCAGCGCAUUGAAAAAGGGCUGAUGAUGGCAUUCCUGGAGGUGAGAAAACAUCACCAGGAUAUCUACAACUUCACAGUGCAGAUACUGAAUAUAACUCUGAGCAAGCCUCGUGUGGCAUUUCGGCAGGGCCCUGUGAACAUUGUCUUUGCCAUUCAGGAUACAUAUGGAUUCUUGAACGGAUCUGAAAUCAGUGAGCUGCUGAGGAACCUGUCUGUGGUGGAGUUCAGUUUCUACUUGGGCUUUCCUGUGCAGCAAAUUGCCGAACCCUUUCAUUACCCUCAACUCAAUGUGUCUCAAUUGAUGAAAUCUUCCUGGGUGAGAACAGUUCUCUUGGGUGUUGUCAACCAGCGAAUUCAGGAAGAAGUAUUUCAGGCUGGGAUGGAGCGGAAACUGGCUCAGCUGUUAAAUGAGGCUUUGACCGGAGGGCGAAUAUGGAAACGAGCCACAUUUGCAGGCAACAACGUUGUGCAGAUUGUCAACGUGUCACAGCUAGCGGGUGCUGAUAACCCUGUAGAACUGAUCUAUUUUGUGGAGGAUCAAACUGGAGAGAGGCUCAGCGCUCUAAAGUCUUCAGAUCUGAUUAACAGAGUUGAUAUCCAGAGAGCCGCCAUCAUUCUUGGAUACCGCAUUCAAGGCGCAGUUGCACAACCUGUGGAUAAAGUGAAAGAGUCAUCGUCUGAGUCUCAGAAUAACAAUCUGUGGAUUAUUGUUGGUGUGGCAGUCCCAGUGGCUGUGGUGCUGCUUAUCAUUAUUAUUUUAUACUGGAAGCUCUGCCGAACAGACAAGUUGGAGUUUCAGCCAGACACCAUGAGCAAUAUUCAGCAGCGACAGAAGCUACAAGCCCCCAGUGUGAAGGGGUUUGAUUUUGCUAAGCAGCACCUGGGCCAGCACAACAAAGAUGAUAUCCUGAUCAUUCAUGAGCCAGCUCCUCUUCCAGGACCUAUUAAGGACACUACCCCUUCUGAAAAUGGAGAUGUGCCAAGCCCCAAAUCAAAGAUCACGUCAAAGCCUUCAAAGAAUGUUCGACACAGAGGGAGAGUUUCCCCUUCAGAUGCUGACUCCACAGCGAGUGAACAGUCCAGUGGGAGAGAGACAGGGGAAGAAACUGCAAGACCACCAACCACUGCCAAUGAGGGCAAACCACGCAGACCUCCAAAGAGUGGUUUGUUAAAAAAAUUUUUCUUCAGUCUCUUGCUGCAGUGUUUUGGACCUCCGCAGCCCAGUAGUGGAAACGAGCAGCACUCCUCAGCCUCUAUCUUUGAGCAUGUGGACAGAAUGUCUCGUUCCUCAGAUGCAAGUAGACGGGUCCCCAGCAAGAUCCAGUUGAUUGCCAUGCAGCCAAUUGCAGCCCCUCCAGCUCAGAACCCAGCACUGUCUGACCGAGUAGCAGAGUCCAACAAAAUUAACAAAGAGAUACAAACAGCUUUGAGGCAUAAGUCUGAGAUCGAGCAUCACCGCAAUAAGAUCCGUCUUCGAGCCAAGCGCAAAGGCCACUAUGAAUUUCCAGUUGUGGAUGAUGUGAUUGUUGUUGAUGCCAAAGAGCAGCAUAGAAUAUACCGCAAAGCACAGAUGCAGAUUGACAAGAUCUUGGACCCUGGGGGCAACGUGCCUACUGUUUUUAUAGAACCCAGGAAGAGUUCACGUGCAAAACGUUCUCCCAAGCAGCGUCGGAGACAUCAGAUAAAUGGCAGCCCUAUUGAUGCUGAGAAGGACAGGCUAAUCACCACUGACAGUGAUGGGACAUACAAAAGACCACCAGGAGUCAAUAAUUCUGCAUAUAUUUCCGAUCCUGACCUGCCUGCAGAACCACAGACACCUUCUUCUCUUGAUCUCGGGAAGUACCCAGGCUUGCCUCCCCACCCAGCCUCUCAGUACAUCCCUCCACAGCCAUCCAUUGAAGAGGCCCGGCAGACCAUGCACUCUCUCUUGGAUGAUGCCUUUGCCCUGGUCGCUCCCAGUAGCCAAGCAGCCAGUUCCACUGCCAUCACGUCACCUGGGGUUUCUGCGGGACAGCCGGUAAACAACACUCCUGCUCGAGCAGGGAGGGGAACCACAUGCCCCCAGUGGGGAUCACCAUAUGGUCCAGCCCAGGCAGUAAACAACCCAUUUAGUAGAUAUGUGGAAUUUGGAAUGACUCCUCCAACAGCGCCGGGUCUGCUGCAGAGGCAAAGUUUUGGCCCGGGUUUCCUUCAGCCUGCAGAGUUAAUGCACCCAGACCAGCAACAAUCCGAUGUUCAGUAUUCCUCUAGAGGGCUAUACCCAGAAGAAAUGCCAUCGGUGGCACGGCCACGACCAGUUGGAAGCACUGCAGGUUCUCAGAUACAGCACCUCACUCAGGUGGGAAUUGCUAGCAGAACCGGAGCCCAGCAAGUGGAAAUUGCCUCAGUCAGAGCAGGGCAUGGCCAGCCGGGGGGACCAGGGUGGCCCCAGUAUCGUGGAGAGGAUGAAUAUGCUAGGAGAGAUGCAACACAUAUGCAUGGACAUCAAGAAUAUUCCUCCUCACCAGUAUUCCAGAUGCAGAGGACUUCAGCCAGACAGCCCUCAGCACCACCUGCUCAUCUUCCACACAGCAGCCUUCAGGGACAGGGGCUCUGCUACACCACCAGUUCCAAUGAGGACCUCCAAACUGGUCAUUCCUCGGCAUCGCUCAUAAAAGCAAUUAGAGAGGAGCUUCUGCGACUCUCACAGAAACAGACAACAGUGCAGAACUUUCACAGCUGAUUUGUCAUGGUCUUGCAAAUCUGCCAGGUAUCUGCUUCCUAUGGAAGCAAGAAUCAAAGGAAAUCAGCAACGUUUUUCUUCUGUCAUCAGAGUGAACUUCCACAGCGCCAGAGAUUACACAUCAGAAAAGAGCAGCAACAAAAGGAGAGAGAGAGAUUUGUGUGGAGGUAGGGAUAGGGAGGCCAAAGUGAUAAUGUCAGAGCUGGCUAUUUGGCUUAAUCUGUUAGCAUUUACUGUACCCCUCUUUGGUUUGAUCUAAUGAACAAAAUAAAACUUUCGGUCAAAAGCUAACCCUAAAAAAACCACAUGCACGCACACAACCCCCCGACCAAGCAUAGUAGACGGUGAGACGCUUGGCUUAAAGAAAAAGGCAAAGCUUUCCUGUUACCAGCAAGAUGGACUGAAUUAACAUUUGAUGAGCGAUUACAAGAAUUCUAACCUCUCCAGUGUUUUUAGUGAAGUGGCUCGUGUUACUGCUUUGCAGGAUUACAAACGAUAUAAGGUCAGAGACAUUGAAGGUGUGAUCCAGCAUAGGAAAUCACCUUAAUGACAAUAACAGUAAGACUAAGUAGAAAGAAAAAAAAAGAAAAGGAUUUCUGAGCUACUUGUCUCAAACCAGAACAAUAAUUGUUAUAGCUCUGUGUUUUCAAAUGGAGCUACUCUCUGCACUCCUCCCCAUUUUUCUUCUGGUGCUGAAGCUUCAAGUGUCCCUUCAUCUUCAUGUUUGCAAAGUAAAACCAUGGCCUUUUUAAACCCAAGAAUAUAUGUGGAAAUUCAUUCAGAGUGGGAAAGCAAAAUGUCCAAAAAGAAAAGGCUGGAUAUUUAUUUUGUUAAAAAUACAUUGAAAUCUAGAUGAGAAUACUUAGUCAUAGUUGAAUUUUUGAGCAUAAGUAUGUAUGUUUGUCUGCUAAACAUAAAUACUCUCAUACUAUAUGCUUUCACAAGACCAGGGAUAAAAUAUACUAACCUGUAGUUUGUGUUGUGGCCAGAAAGCAAGCCAGCGUGGGUGAUGCAGGAUCACCAGUGCUAGUUAUAAAUUUACCAUAAACCACAAUGUACGUUGGGAUCUCAGUCAUAUCUAGUGAAACUGAAUCUUACAAAAGGUAAAACUUGAGGCAAAUACGUUUAGAAUAUUAACAUAAGCUUAGAUUUGUUGUUUGAGACAGUUAUUUUAUUUCUAUCUGUUCCUACUGUCCCCCUGGAUGAAGGGGCAAGGUAAUGGUGGUACAUGUCUUUGGAGUAUCUGUCAUUAUUUUUCCAGAGUUUAAUUUACAAUUAGCUAUGAGUUUACUAAUAUCUGGCCAUUGCACAAUUGUAACCUGCAUAAUACAAGUGAAAAUUCUAACUAA